AUGAUGUGGACAGUCUACAGCUUGGUUCUUGUCAGCUCCCUUUUUGUCCUCAAAAGUGAAGCUCUGCAGUGUUACACCUGUGUAGGUUCUAGUGAUGACGACUGUAACAGACAAGGAACUCAGCAGUGUCCAGGGCAUGCAGAUGCUUGUGCAAUCAUUAGAGGACAAGCAAGUGGCAUUAUGAAAUCCUGUUCGUUCAGAUCCUUCUGUGAGCGGGCGAGGAGAGAUGGAUCCAGAGCACCCGGAGUGAGCGUCCAGUGCUGCUACUCCAACCACUGCAAUGCCAAGAGCUUGGCUUCAAGAAUCUCCAUCUCCAGCAGCUACUUCCCUCUCCUCAUCUUCACACUGCUGUGGCACCAGUUGUUCAAGCUGACAUGA